UGAAGUAGCAAUAAUACCACGUAACUCGAAUAACAAGAAGCAACAGCUAAUUAAUUAAGCCAUGGCAGAACCAGUUGAAGCACAACAACAACAAAGAAAGACAACAAUGAAGAGAACCCUCCUCGUAACUAACUGCAUCCUCCUUUCAGUCGGGACCAGCGGCGGCCCUCUCAUUAUGCGCCUUUACUUCCUCCAUGGCGGCCACCGCGUUUGGCUCUCCAGCUGCCUCGAAACUGCCGGAUUCCCCAUCAUGCUCAUACCCCUCAUCCUCUCCUACUUCCGCCGCAAAAACAACCGCCACUACCCUUCCGAAACAGAAAAACUUAAAACUACGAUGGUUUCAAUGAAACCGCCGCUGUUCUUCGCAGCCGCCUUCAUCGGCAUCCUCACCGGCCUCGACGACUACCUCUACGCCUGCGGUGUCGCCCGCCUCCCGGUGUCCACCUCCGCCCUUAUCAUCGCCACACAGCUCGCCUUCACCGCCGUCUUCGCCUUCCUCCUCGUCAGGCAGAAGUUCACGCCGUACUCCGUGAACGCCGUCGUGCUCCUCACCGUUGGCGCGGGGGUGCUGGCACUCCACACUCGCAGUGACCGGCCUACCGGAGAGUCGACGGUGGAGUACGUGAAGGGUUUCGUUAUGACUCUCAUGGCGGCAGCUCUGUACGGAUUCGUGUUGCCGCUUGUGGAGUUAACUUACAAGAAGGCGAAGCAGAACUUAACUUAUUCUUUGGUUAUGGAGAUUCAGUUCGUGAUGUGCUUCUUUGCUACUGUUUUCUGCGUCGCCGGCAUGAUCAUCAACAAUGAUUUCAAGGUAAUUCCAAGAGAAGCAAGAGAAUUUGGGCUUGGAAGAGGAAAUUACUAUGUGGUGAUGGUGGCAAGUGCAAUUAUGUGGCAAGCAUUCUUCUUAGGAGCAAUAGGAGUUAUUUUUUGCUCCUCUUCAUUGCUGUCUGGUAUUUUGAUUGCUAUAUUGCUCCCCGUAACGGGAAUUUUGGCCGUUAUUUUCUACAAGGAGAAGUUCCAAGUUGAGAAAGCGGUUUCUCUUGUGCUUUCCCUGUGGGGCUUUGUGUCCUACUUUUACGGUGAGAUUAAGCAAGCCAACAAGGAGAAGAUGACAAUGAUGGAUUCCAAAAACAGUGUCCCAGAGACAGAGCAGAUUCAGACUCUUGCUGUUAGUCACAGUCCCAAUAAUAUUUAGUUAGUUACCUGGGGUUAGGAGAUACUAUUUAAUUUUGUUUUAGAAAAAAUCUAGGAACUAUCAUUUUUAUUAAAAUUUGGUAGCACUUAAUCGGUUAAAUAAAAGUGAAUAAUCUUAUAUCA